ACUUCGAAAAUUGAGUAGUGUUUUGGUGCUUGCGCUAGGUUCUCCAUUCCUGCAAGAAAAUCCCAGGAAUUCAUUUUAUCCUUACAAUAAAAUUAAAUUAAGUGAAAAAACAUAGUAGCCACCAUGAGAAAAUACUUAAGAAGUCGAAGAAAACUUAAGGAAAAGAAAAUUAAGCUGGAAAUUGAUGAAAAUCCCAAGGAGACGACUUCAAUUGUAUGUAAUCUCGUCCUCUGCAGAAUCUGUGAGUCUACGGAUGAAUUGAUUGAUAUAUCAACGGAGGUAAAUGCCCAUUAUUUGGAGAAACUCCACCAAAUAUUUCCUGCUGCAUCCACUGAUGAAACAAAAGAUGAUCAAAGUGACCAGUUAUUAAAAUUUGUUUGCCGUCCAUGUGGAGCUAAGCUUGAAGAUCUCACAGCGUUUAGAGUUCAAUGUGAAGUCACUCACAAAAAGCUUCUAGAAGAACUGUCUCGUAGGGAAAACCAAAACGAUCUUGAUACAACUAGAAAAUUGAGGUCCUUAAAGCCGGUAUUAAAUAAAGGGGACAAAAAAAUUAUUGCAGAGUCCAGUUUGGUACAGGAACUUUGUUUGAAAGACGAGACUGAAAAUACUGAAAUUGAAUGUGACUUCAAUGACUGGACAGAAGUGCAAACAGAUAUUGAAAUCCAAAAAUGCGAAGCGCAGUCUUCUGAGGAGUUGCCUUGUGAUAAUGAACCUGAGGAUGAUCUUAAUGAGCCAGAACCUGGCGCUCUUGAGGAGCAAAGCGGUGAUAAGAAAAAAUGGCUAGAGUGUCGAAUAUGCAAAUUGAAAGUGAAGAAUCGCUAUCAUAUGGAAAAGCAUAUGUGGAACCACAAAGGUAGAUCCUUGAUGUGCAGAUUUUGCAAUGUCGUGUAUUCCUGUCAGGGAAAUCUUACGCGGCAUAUACGGGUAGUUCAUGAGAAGAAACUCGAUUAUGUGUGCAAAUUAUGCGAUAAGAAAUUCUCACAAUCCAACAAUCUCAAGCUUCACAUGAUAACACACACGGACAUGAAAUUCGAAUGCGAUGUCUGCAAGAGGUUAUUUAAAAAUCCUCGGUCACUGAGAAAUCACAAACAGGAGCAUCUGCCAUUGGAACAACAGAAUAAGCAAAGUGACCAUGUCCAGAAACAAGCGGCAAAACGUAGUAGCAUCAAAUGGAAACAGUGUCAGAAAAGGACAUGCAUUUGUCAAAUAUGUGGAAAGGUGUCCAACUAUUCGACGCUUCAUGAGAGUCAUAUGCGCAGCCAUACAGGUGAAAAACCCUUUAAGUGCAACGAAUGUGAUAAGUCCUUUAGGGAGCGGAGUAGUCUCAGAAGUCACAUGUUGGUUCAUACGGGCGCGAAACCCUAUGUCUGCAGUAACUGUGGAGCUGCUUUUCGUCAGGGUGCCCAUCUCAGGCGCCACAUGCGUAGCCAUACGGGUGAGAAGCCCUACAAGUGCAAAGUCUGCGAAAAGAGUUUUACAGAAAGAUCCAUUCUCACGACUCAUCUACGAGUUCACACUGGUGAACAGCCUUUCCACUGUCAAAUAUGCCCCAAGAAGUUUCACAAUCCACGCGUUCUGCGGCGGCACUACCCAAAGGUUCACUUCAAGCACUUGAAUAUUCACACUCAGAGGGAUAUACAACAGCAACUUGCAGCAAUGCAGAUCGAAAGGGAAUUUAGCACAGAAGAAAACAAUUGAUUGAAACUAUUUUGAUAUGUCAUAAAAAGGAUUGAAAAUAAAUCCAGUAAAUAUUGGAAAAAUUCCUGAAAAA